AUGUCUACCGCCGGUGAUUCGUCUGCCGCUAAGCCGCGGAAGUCUUUCAUCCUCAAUGCCUUUGUUGAGAUGUGUAGUGGUCACCAGUCCCCUGGACUCUGGCGACACCCCGAGGAUGAAUCGCAUUUAUUCAACGACAUUGACCAUUGGAUCGAACUUGCGAAGCUCCUCGAGUCUGCCAAGUUUCAUGGAAUUUUCAUUGCAGAUGUUUUAGGGGGCUAUGAUGUCUACAAAGGACCCAGAAACCUUGAUCCAGCCAUUAUCUCAGGUGCUCAAUGGCCGGUCAACGAGCCUUUAGCAGUAAUCCCAGCCAUGGCUGCAGCAACACAGAAUAUCGGGUUUGGUGUCACAGUUACGACCACAUAUGAACAGCCAUUCCACCUUGCCAGGCGACUAUCAACAAUUGACCACUUAACUAAAGGACGUGUCGGAUGGAACGUUGUUACAGGUUACCUUGACUCCGCAGCUCGAAACCUGGGCCACGCUCAACAGCCCCAGCACGAUGACCGAUAUGCUGUCGCCGAAGAAUACAUUAAAGUUGCCUACAAAUUGUGGGAGUCAUCCUGGCGCUCAGAUGCCGUAGUCUUGGACAAAGAGCGAGGAAUUUAUACUGACCCAUCCCGUAUUCGAGAAAUCAACCAUGCUGGCAAAUAUUUCGACGUCCCUGGACCUCACAUCUGCCAGCCCAGUCGCCAACGUACCCCUGUUAUCCUUCAAGCUGGAACAUCAAAGGCCGGAAAGACAUUUGCAGCCCAACACGCCGAAGCCAUCUUUGUUGGAGGACACAGCCCCUCAGUCGUGGCAAAGAAUGUCGCUGAGAUUCGCCAACUAGCUCAGACAGAAUUUGGGCGUGACCCCCAGAGCAUUAAAUUCCUGGCCCUCUUGUGUCCUGUUAUCGGCAACACCGAAGAAGAGGCCCAGGAGAAGUUCAAGUACUACCGAAGCCUGGGCUCGAUAGACGGUGCCCUUGCGCUUUUCGGUGGCUGGACUGGUAUUGAUUUGGACAAGUAUGGUGAUGAUGAAGAACUCCGCCAUGUUGAAAGCAAUGCUAUUCGCUCGGCUGUUGAAGGCUGGUCUAAAGCUACACCCGAGGUUGCUAAAUGGACCAAAUCCACCGUCGGACAACAUAUCACCGUUGGUGGCUUAGGCGCAACUCCAGUGGGCACACCGGCGCAAGUCGCAGAUUACAUGGAACGCUGGGUGCAGGAGGCCGACGUGGAUGGAUUCAAUCUGGCGUAUGCUGUCAAGCCCGGUUCGUUCAAGGACAUUAUCAACCUCCUCCUCCCCGAGCUUCGUCGCCGGGGACUGUUCCAUGAUGAUUAUGCUGUCAACAAGGGCACAUACCGUGAGAAUCUGUACGGAAAGGCAGGCCAAUCUGGACCUCCGUCCGAUCACCCUGCCUCACGGUACAGAUGGAACGCUGGCGUAGAAGCAAAAGACCAUACAAUCCCCAACUAA